UAUUAAAAACACUCUCCUCACAUUUGUGUUUAUCAGAACAAGUGCAAUAUAGGAAUGCAACAACACACAAGCGAAGAUACAAUUAAAUUUUAAAGUUUAUUUGACGUCAGCAGCCCCGCCCCUCGCUCCUUGUUGCCACAGUAACAGAACAACAAACACAUUGGCUGCUUUAUAACCGAUUAAAACCGCGUUGUUUGCGUAUUUAAGCAUGUUUUAGCUAUUUGAAAAUGUCGGAGAGGCCAAAAUACUUCACUCCCAGAGAGGUGGCCGCUCACAACACCGCUGAGGACCUGUGGGUGUCGUUUUUAGGCAAAGUGCGUGACCUGACCCCUCUGAUGACGCAGCAUAAAGGUGACGCUCUGCUGUUACCCAUCAUGGAGUGUGCAGGAAAGGACAUCAGCUCCUGGUUCGACCCUGAGACCAAAGACGUGAGCACCAACGACCGAACCAACCAAUCGGUGCUGAGAUACGUCCAUCCGCUCACUAACUGUGUGGGCUACUACACCCCCAGGGGGCGCUUCGUGCACAUCCCCCCCGCCGGCCCUCGUUCCGACUGGGCCAGCGUCAUCGGCCGGCCCUGGUGGAGGGACGAACGCUACGAGGUGGGACUGCUGUCCGCCAAGACCAGGUGGAUACGAGUCAUCAACACGCUGACGUCUCAGGAGCAGCAGCUGGAGGUGUGUUCGGAGGAGACUCUGGCUGAGAUCCUGCAGCGUUACCUGCGCUACAACUCGCACGCCCGCAGCUACACCUGGAAAUACGACGGAGCGAUUCUGGACAUGAGCGCCACGCUCGGCGAGAACAACGUCCCCGACGACGACCACCAGCUGGAGGGGCUACGCCUGGACCGCGACCUCUUCAUCCCCGCCAUCCUCCUCCACUUCAACGACGACCUCACUGAGGGAUGACCUCAGUCAUCUAACACUAAAAACAUUAAAGAAGAGCUGAGCGUCGCCUGCUUGUUAAAUCAGAAAUGCAUAUUUGUUUUGCGGUGGCUCAGAUCUCAGGAACAGUU